AUGCAAGAGUGUGUAAAGAAGUAUGCAAGUGAAAAGAAAAUAGGAAACAGAAAUCCGGAUAAUUGGCCUGAUUUUCCAGAUGAUUACAGGGAUGUUGUAUUAAAAUACAGUGAUCAGAUGAGGUUGCUUGCUCAAAAGCUUUUAAAGAUUAUAUCUGAAAGUCUUGGCUUGCCAUCUGCGUAUAUCCAAGAGGCGAUUGGUGAACCUUCUCAGAAUAUUACUAUAAGUUUUUAUCCCCUAUGCCCACAACCAGAACUUACUCUUGGUUUGCAAGCGCAUUCGGAUAUGGGUGCAAUUACCCUUCUUGUACAAGACGAUGUUGGGGGUCUUCAAGUCUUAAAUGAUGGGGACUGGAUAACUGUGGAACCUUUACCAGAUGCCAUUGUUGUGAAUCUCAGUGAUCAGACUGAGAUCAUAAGCAAUGGUAUAUUCAAGAGUGCAGUGCAUCGUGCUGUUGUCAAUGCCAAUCGUGCAAGGUUAUCAGUAGCAACAUUUUAUGACCCAUCAAAGGAAACGAAAAUAUGUCCGGCUCCCCAUCUCAUAACUGAUAGCUCGCCUGCUCGAUAUCUAGACGUGUUGUAUGGGGACUAUGUAUCUACAUGGUAUAGUAAAGGCCCUGAUGGUAAAAGAAAUAUUGAUGCGCUUCUAAUUGGGAACCAUCUGUAGAGUGAGAUCAAGCAAUUUGAGGGUGAGCAUGAUCAUAGAAUAAACCAUGAGAGAGAGAGAUGUGAAUGUGCUGAGAGCAUUUGUGAAUGUGACAAUCACUCCAAUUGACGUGCAUAAUUUUGUUGCUGGUAUGCCACUUGUGAAAUGAAAGUUAACUUGCUACUGUUCCAUUCUAUAUCAAAGCUUUACAAAAGGAAAA